AUGUCCGACGAUCAGGAGCUCGUUACCAAGCCCUUCAAGUUCGUUACCGGCACCGAUGCCCGCUACCCGAACAUGAACCAGACCAAGCACUGCUGGCAGAACUACGUCGACUACCACAAGUGCAUCAACGCCAAGGGCGAGGACUUCGCCCCUUGCCGCCAGGUCCGGACCUUCUGGCUCGGCUACCGCUCUCUGUGCCCCUCUGGCUGGUACACCCGCUGGGACGAGCAGAGAGAGGCCGGCAACUUCCCCGUCAAGCUCGACGCAUAA